GGCAGUAUUGAACCUGUUGCUGCAUUAGCCGAGUUGUAUUUUGCUAGAUAGGGGAAGGAGGGUUGUCUGCUGUCUGGGAGGAGGGCUUUGUCUGUGUGCGCCUUUCUCUCUCUCCCUCUCUCGCUCUCCCUGUCUCUCGCACUCUCGCUCGCUCUCGCUCGCUCUCUCUCGCUCGCUCUCCCUUUCCCGUCUCUGUGGUUUGUAAGGUAGGUUGCAGUGUGUGUAUAUACACAACAUCAAGAGCAGGAAAAUGGACUCAUUAGGGAGGCAGGCAGUCAUUACCACUCACACUGUACUUCCAGGGAGACAGCGACUAUGAGGAGACAAACUGAGGACUGGGGAACAAGCAGCAUAAGAAAGAAGUGUUGAGAGCUGCUCUUAACCCUUUUGGAGGCCGAAGUCAAAAGGGAACUAGAGGUCUUGACGCAUCCUUUACAUCCUGCAUUUACUCUGACCACAGUCCCUCCCUGUUCUCACAAGCGGAGCUCAGCCCUGCUUCCCUUCCUGUUGAUUCCCAGUCAGCUACAUGACUGCCUGAAGUUACAUUGUAGAUGCUGAAAUCACUGCACCUUAAAAACAAAAAGAUUAAGCCACACUGCAUUCCUAAUGUUGGAAUUUUUGGACUGUGCAUCUGUUUAGGCACGUGGAGAAAGACAAGACUGAGAUCAUCAGCGGUUGGCAGUUUUCCUCAACUUUGCGAGAGAGAGAGAGAUUGUGUUGGAAUGAAACCUUGCUCUGCGUGCAGCCUGCUUGAGAUGCAGCAUUGAAAGAUCACUCACAAUCAGUUUGUGGCCUUUCUCUGCAGGAACCUUUCCUUGUCUCUUGUACACAGCCUCUCUCUGUUCCCUGCCCCAAUGAACGUCUGCACUAGGUCCAAGGCUUGGAGUAAUUUACCUGAAGAGUGAUACCAUUUGGAAACCACUGAAGAAACCCAAGACAGCUGAAAACCAGAAGGCGUCUGAGGAGAAUGAGAUUACUCAGACGGGUGCAUGCAGCGCCAAGCCGGGCCUUCCCUGCCUGAACCUUGAAGCUGUUCCUUCUCUGAGCCCGGCCCUCAUCCACUCUCCACAUUCACCAACAAACCUGCACGCACACACAGGGUCAUCUGAUUGUAACAUCAGUUGCAAGGGGAUGACAGAGCGCAUUCAUAGCAUCAACCUUCACAACUUCAGCAAUUCCGUGCUCGAGACCCUCAACGAGCAGCGCAACCGUGGCCACUUCUGUGACGUGACGGUCCGCAUCCACGGGAGCAUGCUGCGCGCCCACCGCUGCGUGCUGGCGGCUGGCAGCCCCUUCUUCCAGGACAAGCUGCUGCUGGGCUACAGUGACAUCGAGAUCCCCUCAGUGGUGUCAGUCCAGUCUGUGCAAAAGCUCAUUGACUUCAUGUACAGCGGGGUGCUGCGGGUCUCCCAGUCAGAGGCCCUCCAAAUCCUCACAGCCGCCAGCAUCCUGCAGAUCAAGACUGUGAUUGAUGAGUGCACAAGGAUUGUCUCACAAAACGUGGGAGAUGUCUACCCAGUGAUUCAGGAUUCUGGCCAAGAGACACCCAGGGGAACACCUGAAUCAGGCACCUCGGGGCAGAGCACUGACACAGAGUCUGGCUACCUGCAGAGCCAUUCACAGCACAGUGUGGACAGGAUCUAUUCAGCCCUCUAUGCCUGUUCCAUGCAAAAUGGCAGUGGGGAGCGCUCCUUUUACAGUGGAGCUGUGGUCAGCCACCAUGAGACAGCCCUGGGACUCCCCAGGGACCAUCACAUAGAAGAUCCCAGCUGGAUUACCCGGAUCCAUGAACGGUCGCAGCAGAUGGAGCGGUACCUCUCCACCACUCCAGAGACCACACACUGCCGGAAGCAGCCCCGCCCUGUCCGAAUUCAAACCCUGAUGGGCAACAUCCAUAUUAAACAGGAGAUGGAGGAUGACUAUGACUACUAUGGCCAACAGAGGGUGCAGAUCCUUGAGCGCAAUGAGUCUGAGGAAUGCACUGAGGACACCGACCAAGCAGAAGGCACUGAGAGCGAGCCCAAAGGGGAGAGUUUUGACUCGGGUGUCAGUUCCUCCAUUGGCACUGAGCCUGAUUCCAUGGAGCAGCAGUUUAUGGCUGGUCUGGGCCGGGAUGGGCAGCAAGAACCUACUCAAGCAGAUCAAAAUGAUGUCCCUGCUGAUGGCACUCAGCCACAGCAGCAGCAGCAACAUGUAGAUGCCAACUCUUCCUCACCAGAGAGAAGCAAUGAUGUUGAAAUGGACAGCAAAGUGCUCACAGUCAAUAACAGCACCGAAAAGGGGGCUUUGCAGCCUUCUGUCAACACAUCUGUUGCCCAGCCAUUGCCAACCACACAGAUCUACUUACGCCAGACAGAAACCCUCACCAGCAAUCUAAGGAUGCCACUGACUCUGACCAGCAACACUCAGGUCAUUGGAACAGCUGGCAACACCUACCUGCCUGCCCUUUUCACCACGCAGUCUGCUGGCAGUGGCCCUAAGCCUUUUCUCUUCAGCCUGCCCCAGCCUUUAGCUGGCCAACAGACACAGUUUGUGACAGUGUCCCAGCCCGGCCUGUCAACCUUUACUGCCCAGCUGCCAGCCCCACAGCCCUUGGCCCCGUCUGCGGGCCACAGCACAGCGGGUGGGCAAGGCGAAAAAAAGCCUUACGAGUGCACUCUCUGUAACAAGACUUUCACCGCCAAACAGAACUACGUCAAGCACAUGUUUGUACACACAGGUGAGAAACCGCACCAAUGCAGCAUCUGUUGGCGCUCCUUCUCUUUAAAGGAUUACCUAAUCAAACACAUGGUGACACACACUGGCGUGAGGGCCUACCAGUGCAGCAUCUGCAACAAGCGCUUCACCCAGAAGAGCUCCCUUAAUGUGCACAUGCGUCUCCACCGCGGGGAGAAGUCCUACGAGUGCUACAUCUGCAAGAAGAAGUUCUCCCACAAGACCCUGCUGGAGAGGCAUGUGGCUCUGCACAGUGCCACCAACGGCACGCCUGGAGCCACUGGCACCGGCGCGAGGGCUGUCCCUGCCGGCGUGGUGGCCUGCACGGAGGGGACCACGUACGUCUGCUCUGUCUGUCCAGCUAAGUUUGACCAAAUCGAGCAUUUCAACGACCACAUGAGGAUGCAUGUGUCAGACGGAUAAGUAGAAUCUCUCUCUCUCUCUUUGUUAUGAACAACAAAAAUAGAAACAACAAAAAAAAAAGCUAUGGCACUAGAAUUUAAGAAAUUAUUUUUGUUUCAUUUUUACCUUUAUUUUCCUCCUUUUUUUGGGUUCAUUUCGUUUUGUUGUUUUUUGUACUACAUGGAAAACUGUUUUUUGCCUGCUGGUACAUUACAUUUCCGGAGGCUGGGUGAAUAAUAAUUUUCCCAACCUCCCUCGGAUGGUGGCCUUAAGGCCAGGUAGUGCUUCAUGAGCUCCACUGGUUGGAUCUCUAGCUACUGGCCUCUAAAUACAACCCUUCUUUACUACAAAAAGCAAACAACAAAAAAAAAAAAAAAAAACCACAAAAAAAAUUUUAAAAAACAGACAAAAAAAAUAAAAAAAAAAUCUUUUUUCUCACUUGUGAAGAGCACUACAAAUAAAGAAACAAAACAAAAUAUAUUACAAAUCUACAAGGCCUACUGUCGUUAUAAGUACACCGCUUGCAGUGUUUCAAUGGACAUGAUUCACAUUGCUGACCGCUUUUGGACUUCACAGUAUCCAGUUAGAACUGUGGAAUAUUUUGCUUCUGGUUGAGCAGCAACCAGAGGAAACAAGGCCCUGCUGGUUUCCACCACGUCUGCUUUCUCACACACACACGCAUCCACAAACACACAAAAAGGGCUGAGGGGAAUGCGAGGCAGUGCGGCUUGGAUAGUGUGGAGUCCCUGCAGGGUGAGGAAAAAGAAUCAGAGGUUCCUCACCUGGAUUCUGCUCCAUCCCUCACUGUCCGGCGCACCCUCCCCGCUGCUUUUCUCGUACCACCACCACCACCUUAUAGCAGAAACCAAGAAGAUUCAGACAACGAGCAACGGUGGCUUUUUUGUAAUUUAUUCAGUGUCUUCGCUGAGCACAGGGCCUCAGCACAAUCAAGAGGGACUUUCACAGAAGGCAAAGAGAAACACAGAGGAAAAUCAAAGAUAUCAGAGGUUGCAACCUAUGGAUCUAGGUACAAGAGAAGGGUUAGUUCCCACAAUCUUUGCAAAAAAAAAAAAAAAGUUGCAUCAGGAUUUAUUCUUGUGGAAGAAAGAGGAAUAGAGGGUGGGAGGGGAAUAAUAAUUAAAAAAAAGAGUUGUUGGGACUUUUUUAAUUCAAAAUUUUAUAGAGGGGCAAAAGUGACGUUUACCAGAUAGAAUGCUGAUUUUUUUAAUAUAUUUACAACAGUAUUUGUGUAAAAAAUACAAAAAAGUGAGAUUGUUAAAAGUAAUUUUUCUUUGUUUUCUUUUUUUGUUUUGCAUACACUGCCACUAAUAUCUCCUCUUUUAUUAUAUAUAUGAAUAUAUAUAAAAAUAUAUAUUUUAUUUUAAAUUGAGACUGUUAAGGUUAGCUAACCUGCUUCCAGAUAGAGGGGGGGAGGGGAGAUGAUCUUGCUUUUUAUUUUAAAAAAGAGGAAGGAUGUUUUCUUAAUUUUCUUUUCUAGUAUUAUUCUCUCUGUUUUCUAAUGGAAUCAAGAAUUACCUGGGUCGAUGAGGGGCUCUGUGAAGUCAUCUGUGAGAUUAUCUACUAGUGUUUGUGCAUCCUGCAGUAUCAUUUGAACUGCUACUUUGUUUUUUUGAAUUACAUGGUUCUCUUUUUGGCUCUUACCAAGCUUCUGUUGUUUCUUUUUUGGUUCCAUCUCAGAAUUUAUUUCUGCUGAAGGACAUUUCCUUUUGAGAAAGAGAUUUUUCUAGCAAUGUUCCCUUGUUUUUGGGGAUGAUAUAAACUGUAGUCUUUAUUUGAAAAAGUAAUGAAAGUUUUGAAGUGUGUAAUGACUAGGAUUUCCCUUCUUUUUGGUCACUGGACAAGAAUUUAUCUGCUGUAUUGUUCUCUCAUCCCUGCCUUGCUCGCUAGAGAGCUUCCAUAUUUGUGUGGGAAUCUGAUCCUGCCCCCAAUAAUUUGUGCUGAUGCCAAAACAACUUAAAAUGUUACCAUUGCAAAUAAUCCUCCCUUCAUUUGCAAAAAGUCUGAGUGAAGGGCCACAUCCCGCAUUCUCUGCAUAGACAAAGCUAUGAAAGGAAUGUAGGAUCCGUGUGAAAGAUUGAUUCCUGAUCUGCAUAUAUAUGUUGGUGUUUUGUAUUUUGUUUUAUUGUGUUUGGACUGGUGUUCUCCCUACUUGUCUUCUGUGUAUCUGUGUAAGAAUUUUUUCCCCAAAGCCAACUCCCAAAGUACGUGGGUCCUUAGUUCAGUUGGAUCAGUGUAUGACACUAUCUUUGUCUUGCUUGAUAUCCAUGUGAGGACUUAGACCAACUGCACUCUGGACUUCAUAUUUUAGGCAGAGAAGAAGCACCUAACAAAAAUAUGCAAAAAGGAAAAAAGAAAAAAUUGCAAGUUUAGCUUUUACUUGUGUCUAUAUUUAAAUUAAGCUUUCUUAAGUUUACAAAACUUUUUGCUUGUGAACACUGAGCAUUUCACAUGAGACCAUUCUUUUAUGCUGGACAGCUUUCUGGGUAUUGACUUGGUAGAUCUCCAUAUACAAUUUUGCAUGUUCUUUACACAUGCGGCUUCUCUAUCAGAUACCUGUGAUUUAGUACAGGUAACUUCAUCGAUAUGUUCUGUGCCUGUUCCAUUACCAUUUAUUGGGGGAAAAAACCUGACAGGUGGUUCAGUCUCAGAAUCUUUCUGUGCCCUGCAAGGUGCUGUUCAGCAGAUCCUAAAUGCUGAAGCCCAGAUUCUUGGCUGCAAUAUGCAGCAUAGAAAGACCUUGAGGUGAGUGCCAGAGCAAUUGAGUCUUGUAUAUGGUAACAUCUUUCUUUGUUACCAACUUGUUUGGGUAGUUCAGGGGGUUGGAGAAGGAGCACAAGUUCAUUAACAAAUAUUGUUCUAAUAAUCACAUUGGUAACAGCAAUGCUGGUGUAUAAAUCAAGACGUGAAAAGACAAAGCCCAAGACACAGGGAGGGAGAACUGGUAUCUGCCAUUUAGACACACUAAUUCUAUACAGAAGAUAAAGGUUCUGGAGACUGGAAUGCAGAAGAAAAUGAGGAAGGUGAACCUAGACAAAAGGAUUGAAGGUUUUUCUUCGGGUAAAGGAGCAUUUUUUUCUGAGAUCUUUGGUAUCAAAGAAUAUUCUCCCAUAUGAGGAACUAGUGAAGAAUUUUACCCGGCUUACAAAUAUGUAGCUGCUCAUUUGUCAUCUGAGGUCUGGGGAAAAGCUGUUUAAUUUGCCAUUGUAAACCUGGUGAACUGUAGUCAAGAUGUAGCAUAUUCUGGAAUAUACUUUUGAUACCAGAGAGAUAUGCCAGUAAACAUUAAAUAAGAAUCAGGAUCUACAUCCACCAAAAUCCAAAUACUAUCCAAAUUUUAAUCCUUCAGUUUUCAUCCUUCCCUAAAUCAAAGCAUUAUCUUUGAAAUGCCAAUUUUUAUAAGGUCUAAUAAAUUUGAAGUGAAUUAAAAAUAAGUUGUGAAUGAAUGAAUGA